AUGGACAGCGGUGCGGAUUAUGGCUGGUGGGGUUUCGGCUCCCUUGCAAGGGUUUUCUUUGUGAACGAGCAGGCCUGUACCAUCCUGUGCCCCAUCCCACACGCAUUGGCCGACCAUCCAGCUCACCAAUUCCCUCUUCUCAUCAUUCACCGCCAAUGCCCCAAUCAGGGAGGCACGGUUGUCAAUGCAGAGUACAGCGUCGUCGCUGAUGUCCUCAUCAGGGACGAGAUCAUAGUGGCCGUCAAGCCCAACAUACAGCUGACGGGAGGAAUGCAGGUGCUGGAUGCCACUGGGAAGCUGGUCAUGCCGGGGGGCAUCGAUCCUCACACACAUCUGGACAUGCCAUUCAUGGGCCAAGUCUCCUGCGACGACUUUGCUAGUGGCCAGCGAGCUGCGUUGGCGGGGGGCACCACCAUGCACAUCGACUUUGUGCUGCCUGUGGAGCACGACCUGCUGGCGGGCCUGGAGGCCUGGCGUAAGAAAGCACGGCACGGGGUCAUGGACUAUGGCUUCCACAUGGCCGUCACCUCCUGGUCCAACAAGGUGUCCCGCGACAUGGCGACCGUGGCCGCCCAGGGCAUAAACUCCUUCAAGUUCUUCAUGGCCUACAAGGGCUCCUUCAUGGUGGAGGACGACGCGCUCCUGCGCGGCAUGGAGCGCUGCGCCGCGCUGGGCGCGCUGGCCCAGGUGCACGCCGAGAACGGUGCGGCGGUGGCCUGGGGCCAGGAGCGCGUGGCGGCGCGCGGCGUCACUGCGCCGCACGGCCAUGCGCUUUCCCGCCCCGCCGCGCUCGAGGACGAGGCCACGGGCAGAGCCAUCCGGCUGGCCGGGCUGGCGGGGGCCCGCCUGUACGUCGUGCACGUCAUGUCGGGGGGCGCCGCCGACGAGAUUGCGGCCGCCAGGCGCCACGGCCAGCGGGUGGUGGGCGAGACGGUUAUCUCCGCCUUGGCGCUGACAGAGGACAGCAUGUGGGACUCCAACUUCACGGUGGCCGCCGCCCAUGUCAUGAGCCCCCCCAUCCGCUCCACGGCGCACAGGGCGUCGGUGCGCCAGGCGCUGGCAGGCGGCGUGCUCCAGAUUGUGGGCACGGAUCACGCGGUGUUCAACUCGACGCAAAAGGCGGCUGGGAAGGAAGACUUCCGCGCCAUCCCCAAUGGCGUCAACGGCAUUGAGGAGAGGUUGCAUGUGGUGUGGGAGACGAUGGUGAACAGCGGUGCCUCCACCCCCAGCGACUUUGUGCGGGCCACCUCCACCGCCGCGGCCCGGGCCUUCAACAUCUACCCGCGCAAGGGGAGCGUGGCGCCGGGGUCUGACGCCGACGUCAUCGUGCUCGACCCCAGCGUGCGCCACGUCAUCAGCGCGGCCACCCAUCACUCCGCGGUGGAUGUCAACGUGUACGAGGGCAUGGAAGUCACCGGGAAGGUGGUGCUCACACUGAGCCGAGGCCGCCUCGUCUGGGACGGCACCAACCUUAAUGUGACUGCCGGCUCUGGCCGCUUCAUCCCUAUGCCCCUCUUCCAGAGCUCCCGGCCUGACGACUUGGGCGCCGUCGUCCCGGGAACCGCACCCACCUGCCCCUCUGGGCACAGGGUCAAGCAUGCUGACACCCAGAGGGUGGCGACUCUGACCUACGCAUAG